UUAGGAUGAAAAAUCAGCCUUUGAAUUACAUAAAUACAUUUUAGGCUAUUUCAAAGUAUAUAGAAAACCAUUAUUUUGAAACGAAAUAAUAUUUUACAAUAUUAUGUUUUUUUCUGUAUUUUAGAUCAAAUAAAUGCAGCCUUGAUGAACAGAAGAGACUUCUGUAAAACACAUUAAACAUCUGACUGAUCCCAAACUUUUGAACAGCAGUGUACAAAUAUAUUAAUUUUUAGUUUGCUUGAGCCAAGAAGACUAAUACUGUUUUGAAAUUACUCCAAUCGCACAAAUACUACGGUAUCUAUCGAAAAAAAUAAAUAAAAGUGGUGCGUUUCUCAACGGCUCUGGGUAAUGUAUGUGCUGUGAUUGAAGCAGCCAAUCACAGCGCCGCGCCUGCAUUCCAUUCUCUGAAGACACGCCCACGAGAACUGUCAGCUGCUCCGUCCAAGAUGGCACUGUCCUGUAGAGGUGUGUGGAGCGGAGCUUCUUUGAUCUUAUUUUAUGGAAAACGACCUGUCGGAGUCAAAGCAAGUCUCUGCACACCUAGACUGGAUUACACAAAAUCCAGUAGUUUGUGGUUUGUUAGACACUACUCACCUUCACAAGCAAGACAUGGAAUUGGUCGAAGCAUUGUGUCCGGUCUGAAAUGGACCAAUGAGAAAUAUGAGAGAUUCCUGCAACGUCGCUUCCCACGAUUUUACGUUCUCUAUCAGACUUUUAUGAGAGGUUUCCGACUCCUGUUUCAAGAUGGUAAAAAAGUGAGAAGAAUCAUAGCCUGCAUGCUGAAUGAAAAAACUGAGUACCAGAAUUUGCAUUACCGUGAUAUGGAGAAGAUCAGGCAGGUCCGCAGGGACUUAAUCAAAGCCAUCCCAUUGGUCAUCUUAUCAAUACCUCCCUUUGCCAACUAUGUGGUCUUCAUCCUUAUGUACCUCUAUCCUCGCCAGCUUCUGAUCCGGCACUUCUGGACCCCACAGCAGCUGGUGGAGUUUCAGGGGGUGUAUCAUGCCCAGAGAGCACAACACCACUGGGCUAUAGUCAAAGGGCUGGAGAGCAUAUCAACAUCUGUCCAAGACAGCCGCCUCAAAAGCCGCCUCAUGGAGCUCUGCAGUAAGGUCCGAAGUGGAGUCCAUCCUGUGGUGUCUGAUGUCCAUGCAGUGAGAACUUUGUUCUCUGGGCCUCCCUUGGGUAUCAAGAGAAUAUAUGCAGAUCAGAUGAGGCACCUGUAUCCUUUGCUUUUCCUGACGCCCCGCCUCCCAGGCUUCUGGAUUGGUCGACGCUUGAACAGCCACGCCUUAGAACUCAUGCAGCUUGACCGCGCCAUUGUUCGAUUAGGCGUGCACCAAUUAAACGAUGCGGAGCUCAGAGAGGCAUGUUACGUGAGAGGGCUGAAUCCUGACCAUCUGAGUCCCGGACAGUGCCGGGAAUGGCUCACACAGUGGUUGCAGUUCUCAACACACCUCAAAGAGUCAGAGACCUCCCUCUAUUUGCACUGUAUGGUGCUGCUCACUGUAAACUACCCUAAACACCCAGGUCACUGGCCUCAGAAAGAAGUAGAUGACUUCUCUUCCUAAUGCCCAGUGCUGAAAAUCCACCACCACACCCAAAGGCAAAACAUCACAGGAACAAACAGACUCAUGUUUGCAAAUCCAAGCAGGGCAAAACCUUUUUUUUUUUCUUUUUUUUUAUACAUGAGUCCUUUGGUUCAGUCACACAUUAUUUUCAUUAUGAAGGAAAUCUUUUAAGUUUCUGCAGGAAUUAUUCUUUAAAAGUGUUUCUUGGCGAUCCAAUUUAGUUUAUUUUAGUAAGGAACAGACAGGAAGGUCAUUGUCACUGAAAGAUGUCAUCGGGAUUCUGGAACAUGCGGAAUAAUUAAAUUAAUUUGUUUUCUUCCAUAUAGUUAGGCUGUGUAAUUAGUGACAUACAUUUACACUAUAAGAGGUUCUAACAACCUCUGAGACAAAAAGUACACUGAACAUAUGCCAAAUAUAACCAUUUGGAAUAAAAGCUCAUUGGUCUUGAAACA